CAACGCAAAGCCGAAAGAGAGGAUUUGAAUGUCAGAGGUUCUCGAAGUAUAUAAAUCCUCUGUUCCCUCAGUCAGGCACACUACUUUUGUCUAUAUCUUCUCCAACAGCUACAAACAAACUUCGUACGACUAUACACCUUCUAGACUCUGUUCUCGCUGAAUCACAACGCCAACGUCUACCAUCAACAACAAGCCUCAAGAUCUUGCAAUGAUGUCUAGCACCCGUCUCAUACGCACCAUUCAUAAGGAAGACGGGACCUCCGUCUUCGCCCCUGAAGACGAACUAGCACCCUUCGCACCCAUGGGGCCAGGCCGGACUGUCUUCACAGUGCUCGACACUCGCCAGUCGGUCCCUGUUAACAACCUGGCACCGAUCAAAGCGUUCGCGCCUCAGAUUCCCCGCUGCCCUGAGAAGGGCGUCAUAUUCUGCAUCACGGAUCUACAGGCCGGUGACAGCUCACCCAUGCACCGGACCGUGAGCAUCGACUACUGUGUCGUUUUAAGCGGCCAAGUCGUACUGAAGUUGGAAAGCGGCGAGGAGAGGACCGCCAAGGCGGGAGAGUUUAUCGUACAGCAGGGAGUCAAUCACCAGUGGAUCAACAAGACGCAGGAAGUUUGCCGGCUGGGAUUCGUUAUGAUAGCUUCGGAAAAGAUUAUGAUGAAGGAUGGAGAACUAUUGGAAGGCACUCUCCUCUAAGAAGAAAGACAU